CGACGUUGCUUAGCAACACACAUUGGCUAACAAAAUGGCGACCGUCACUCAAACUGUUCAAAGACCUUUUGUGAGGCCCCAGCGCAACUAUGAUUACUUAUACGACCCAGUGUUCACUCUAUCCAGUCAAAAAGAUCAUGCAAAGGAGACUUAUAAAUCACAGACUAGUGCUGAUAAACUGUACAGCUCUCCUAACUAUAAGACAAUGUUCAGUUGUCUCCGUCAUUAUCCCAGGCAGACCCUCAAGCUUGACAUGACUGAUCCUGUUCCUAAACAUGUCCCUCGUUACUGGACUGGCUACACUGAACAAGCCAGGGAGACUAUCCUCAGAUACACCAGGUUCAAUUAUGAUCCUUUGGUAAGGCUACCACCUAAAUACUAUCCACCAACUGAUGUUGAGGGACAGGAUCGUCACAAGUUCUUCAGGAGACCCAUCAUUCCCUUCCUACCUCAAAUGCCACCAACAGUUGUACUAGCACCACAACAGAUGAUUACUAGUAAGGAUAAGUUGGAGCUCUCACUUGCUCCUCCAGCAACAAAGAGUGUGUACAUUCAGACUGACUAUAGGGACAGUGAGACACAGACUGAUCCUUAUUCACCAGAGUUUGUCAUUAGGCCAGGAUCACAGCCUGAGCUAUUGACUAUAGCAUCACUUUGCUAUGGUCGUGGUUUGCCUGCUGGAUUAGCUGAGGUUGAGAUUAUAGAGAGAGCAAGAGCUAAGAGAGUAUGGGAGGCCACGCUACCACCAUUGAAUGACAUGACACAAAUAGAAAAGAGAAGACGCAUGAUGGAGGAACAGGAGUGCCUUGAGUGGAGCUAUCGUGAGAAAGAGAUUGAAGCAAUACAGGAUGAAAGGAUGGAGCUAUUGAAGAAACUCCUGGCCCAGAGAGAGGUCGAUUAUCAGACACUCAAUGACAAGAGACUGGAAUAUCUAUGGUUAGUGGAAAUUACAUGUACAUGUACCAAUAGCUGGAAACACAUGUACAAGUAUCACCGUACUUUAAAUACAAUUUUCAUAUCACUGCGAAUUCAGUUUAUUUUAGUUAUACAUGUACAUGUAUACUUAUCAGUACUCUGGUCAUAAUUUUUAUGCUACAUGUACACGUACAUGUAAUUUAUUUGUGGAUAAAACUCAGCAAUCCAGUCCAGUAUAGUAGAUGUACAUACUGGUUUCUUUGCUGUAUCUACAUGUACAUGUUACCACUUAUAUGAUUAAUUGUUUUGUGUGAAUGAGGCUUAAGACUAAAGGAUUUGGUUAUCUUUGUUGCUACUAGUACAAAGGAAGGGCUGGACUGAGGGAUUUAUGUAGGACAGCUGUGGAGUGAGUGAGAGGCUUGAACUCUACAAACAAUGGUCAUGUUCUUUAAUUGACUACUAACCAGUAAGGGCUGGACUAAUGAGCACCUGAUAGUAGAGUAUUAGGAGAGGGUUCAUUAUUAGAUUAUAAUGUCAGAGGCGUAUUUAGGGGGGGCUGAGGAGGCUUGAGCACCCUCCUCAUGGCUGGGCU